UAAGCUGAGGCACCAGACCCCUCAGCACUGCAGCCCUUCCUCCUUAUCCUUCUGUUCCUGAGCCUCCAGCUCGCCGCAGCAUGGCCUUCACCGGCAAGUAUGAGAUCGAGAGUGAGAAGAACUAUGACGAGUUCAUGAAGCGCCUGGGGCUCCCCAGCGACAGGAUUGAAAAGGGUCGCAACCUCAAGAUCAUCUCAGAGGUGCAGCAGGACGGGCAGAACUUCACCUGGUCCCAGAACUACUCUGGGGGCCCCUCCAUUACCAACAAUUUCACCAUUGGCAAAGAGUGCGACAUGGAGACCGUGAUGGGCAAGAAGUUCAAGGCCACUGUGCAGAUGGAGGGUGGGAAGGUGGUGGUGAACUUCCCCCACUACAAGUACACCGCGGAGAUCAUGGAUGGCAAGCUGGUGGAGGUCUCCACCGUUGAAGGUGUGUCCUACGAGCGCGUGAGCAAGAGGCUGGCCUGA